CUUCUCACUCUCGCUUCUUCCUGCAUCGCACCCCUAUGGAGAGUUGAUCUCUCCUUUGAUUAUUACUGUCUGAACAUACAGUGGAAAUGUCGCGCAAUGGAUUGGCUGCUGGGUCGGCCGUUCCUCGCCCCAGUCAGCCCGGAGCCCCCGGCGCUUUUUCGCGUUUCUACCAGCGGUAUUUCCCAGCAAUUGACUACUUUGCCCUGACCUUCAUUAUCUUAUGUUGGGUUCUUAUCCAGCUUUUUGUGACCCCAUUUCACCGGCUGUUUUCGCUCGAUAAUAAAUCCAUUCAAUAUCCCUUUGCUGUGGUGGAACGAGUCUCUGUGGUCUGGUCAAUUGUGUAUGCUGGCCUUAUUCCGUUCCUAAUUCUCAUGCUUUGGGCUUCCAUGUUCCGCCCGAAUCGCCAUAAGGUCCAGGUGACCAUGCUUGGCUUUUUUGUCGCCGUGAUGCUCACUUCGCUUCUCACCGAUAUCGUCAAGAACGCCGCUGGAAGACCUCGUCCCGACUUGAUCUCGCGCUGCAUCCCUAGAAAGGGGACCCCCGCGGACGAGCUGAUCAAUUGGACAGCAUGCACACAACCGAAUCAACAUAUUCUCCAGGAGGGAUGGCGGAGUUUCCCAAGUGGACACAGUAGCUUUUCGUUUGCUGGGCUGGGGUAUCUUUCCUUUUUCAUCUCCGGUCAGAUGCACGUCUUCAGACCACGAACCGACCUUUGCCGUUGUCUGAUAGCCCUAACUCCUCUCCUCUGCGCACUCAUGGUUGCCAUUUCCCGACUUGAUGAUUACAGACAUGAUGUUUACGACGUUACUGCCGGAACAAUCCUAGGCAUUUCUGUUGCCUACUUUUCAUACCGUCAUUAUUACCCCGAGCUGCAAUCCCCGAUUUGCGAUAUUCCUCACGAUAAAGAAGAUCUUGUCCUCGCAGAUGGCUUUGCCAAGCUUCCAGGUGAUGAGGAACAACAGCUGCAGGGAUCUGGACUUGCACGCCGUUGGGAGUCGGAGGAGACCUACCAACUUGGCGAGUCUGCGUCCCUUGGGAGCGAUAGAUAGGUAGAUACAUUGGUUUAUUUUGCUUUCUCAUCCUUUGAUACCCGAUCAUAUAUUUUGACUUUGUCUUUCGUGCUGUUGACACAUUAUGCUUUGCGCGCAUUGAAUCCCGUUAUUCGUGUCUAUAUACUGUCAUAUUUACAACUUGGAAAUAUCUCUUUGUUUUACAUUGGUCCAUUCCUUGACAUCGUGGAAAUCCAUG